CAGCUCUGCUCCACAUCCGCAGCCCUGUGCGUGGAAAAACGCACUCCCCGCACGCAGGCCUUUAGAUCGCCUCCGCUUCUUUUAAAUUCGGCCUAAUGUCCAUUUUUCUGCUGCUUUUACGUCACUUUUAAGUCAUUUGACCCCCUUUGUGUAAAAAUGCUUCCCCUUUGCGUUGCCUUCUCCGUUCUGGCUGCGUGGUUUUCCGUGGAGUGUAAUCCCAGUCCCGUGUUGGGAGAUGUUGUCGUGGACAGAUACGAGAUCCCCAAAGACUGCGCAAGGGAGGCGAAAACUGGAGAUUACGUCCGCUACCAUUACAACGCCACGUUCACCGACGGGAAGACGCUGGACUCGAGCCAUGAGAAAGGAGCAGCCAAAGUCGGCCUGAUCGGGGAGGGUCGGCUCAUCGCUGGCGUGGAUAAAGGCCUGCAGGGGAUGUGCGUGAAUGAGCGCAGGAAAAUCACCAUCCCGCCACACCUGGCUUACGGGAGCAGCGGGGCAGGUGAUGCGGUUCCUCCAGACGCCACGCUGGUGUUCGACAUCCACCUCCUGGAUCUGUGGAACAAGGCCGACCUGGUCGUCACCAGAACCGUAAGCACGCCCAAAGACUGCAAACGCUCCGUGAUGCGCACAGACUUUGUGCGUUACCACUUUAACGGCACUCUGCUGGACGGGACCACCUUCGACUCCAGCUACAACAGGAAGCAGACCUACAACUCGCUGGUGGGCGAGGGCUGGCUGGUGAAGGGCAUGGACGAGGGCCUGCUGGGCAUGUGUGUGGGGGAGAUCAGACACAUCGUGAUUCCACCGUUCAAAGCGUACGGAGAAAAGGGAUCAGGAACCAUGAUUCCCCCUCAGGCGACGCUGGUGUUUGACAUCCUGAUGGAGGACAUUCACAACCCGAAGGAUAACAUCACCAUCGAGAACCAGGAGGCUCCUGAGCCCUGCACCCGCAGGUCCGUGGCGGGGGACUACAUUCGGUAUCACUACAACGGAACCUUCCUGAACGGGGUGACCUUUGACACCAGCUACCAGAGGAACAGCACAUACAACACCUACAUCGGGAUGGGCUACGUGAUCCCAGGAAUGGACCAGGGCCUGCUGGGCGUCUGCCUGGGGGAGAGGAGGAGGGUCAUCAUUCCUCCUCACCUUGCUUAUGGAGAACAAGGAGCGGGUGACGUGAUUCCUCCGUCAGCCGUCCUGGUCUUUGACGUCCACGUCAUCGACUUCCACAACCCAAGCGACAAAGUGGAGCUCAAGGUCACCUACAAACCGGAAGUGUGCAACGACACCACAACUCUGAACGACCUGGUCCGCUACCAUUACAACUGCACUCUACUGGACGGGACUCUGCUCUUUUCCUCGUACGACUAUGAGAACAUGCAAGACGCAGUUCUGGGCCAGGACAAGGUGAUCGACGGGCUGGAUGAAGGCUUGAGGGGCAUGUGUGUGGGAGAGAAGAGGAGGAUUACAGUGCCGCCUCACCUCGGACAUGGAGAGAGAGGAGCUGCUGGUGUACCAAGCAGCGCCGUUCUGGUCUUCAGCAUUGAGCUGGUGAGCUUUGAGCGGGGCGUCCCGCCCGGUUACUUGUUUGUGUGGCUCGAGGACACUCCAGCUGAUCUGUUUGAAACCAUGGAUAUGAACAAGAAUGGAGAGGUGCCACUGGAUGAGUUCACGGAGUUUAUCAAGCUCCAGGUUGCAGAAGGAAAAGGCCGGACAAAGCCGGGAAUGACAAUGGAGCAGAUCGUCGCCGACAUGUUUCAGAACCAGGACCGCAACAAAGACGGCCUGAUCACGGCCAGCGAGCUCAAACUUAAAGUCGACGAGGACAAGGAACGGGAGCAGGCGAGGCACGAGGAGUUGUGAGGAGGGAAAAAAAUGUUUGGUUUUCUCUCAGGGAUGAAAAACAAAACAAAAGAAGCCACAGCUCAUAUGCAGCGUCAGUUUAUUUACAGUAUUUGAUCUCUGAGAAAAGACGUUGGGAAACAAUUUCUUGUGGAGGAUUCUGAGGUUUCUGAAAAUACAGCAAGCACCUUUUUAUCCCUGAGUGUUGUAAUAAAAAAGUGUUUGUAAAAACAGUUGUUUUAUUAACAUUUUAUACUAACAUUACACACUGGAUUCAUUCAUCUUCUGUCAGAAUCUAUAGCGCCGAUGGUAGCACCUGUUUUUUUUUUCUGAAUAUUUGAUUUUUCUUCAUUUUAAAAUAUUUUAUCUUUAAAAAAUAGCAAUGUUCCUUUAUGCGAACUAGAACCUUAUAUCCAUGUCUUAUUGCAGUGCACAAGAGGAACCGGUUUUAAAUUAUUAUAAUUAAAAAAACACAGAGGUUAAUAGUUUACAACAGUUUUUGUGCUUGUUCUGUCAUUACAGCUUUAAAAAAAAAACCUCAACAUUGAUUGUAAUUUUACUUUAACCUUUGCUUCAGAAAUCCAGUGAUGUAGUCAGGCAGUUAUUACAGUCCCCAACACACACAAACAGAACUGGGUAUUAUACUUCCAGGUCCAAGGUUUGGCACACAGAGAUUUACAACAUCGUGUCUCAGACAUGACAGAAAACGCAUCAUGGGCUUCAUUCAAACUGCAGACAAAUGUGACAUAAAUCUGAUUUUUAAGUUACAUUUGAGCCACUGCCAUACAGUUAAUGACAUUGCAUUAAUGUCAUCAAUGAUUUUAAUGUGGGAACAACUGAAGCAUUUUUAAAUGCGAUUUUAGCUGCAUUUUCAUUGCGUAAUCUGAGAUUUACAAAAUAAAUUCGCUGAUUGGAAGCGUGCCAAUUUUGUUUUUCCAAUAUAAAGUUUUGGUCGUAUGGAAAUUGGUUUAUUUUGCAAAAUGAGUAACAUGAUCAACAACCGGAUUUUGC